AUGCAGAAAGCAAACCCUAUUGCAGACAAUUAAGCUAAAAAUAAUAAUAAAGAUCUCAUUAAAUCUGUUGAAUUAUGCAACCUUGAAAUAGAAAUACUUAAAAGAUGCAAGUAAUUCAUUUAGAUCAAAAUUGAUGAGUUACUUUUUAGGUUUUCAAACAUGUUUGCUGUUGAUCCAGCUGAGAAGAUAAAUUUAUAGAAGAUUAUGAUAAAUGAUUUUAGAAGAAAUACUUUCCAAGAAACAAAACUAUAUAAAUACGCAUAAAAAACAUCAGAAUUUUAAUCUUAUCAAAAUACCUUUAUAAUUAACUCGAAAGUUAGUAUUAAAUUAAUGUGUACUCAAAUUGAUUCUUUAUUUGCAUUAUAAUUUUAUGAUUGA